AUUUUCAUUCUCCAUUUCUCUUUAAUUUCAAUACACUCAUUAACCUAAAAACAAAAACAAUUUUCAUAACAUUGUGACUGACUAAUAAUUAAUUCGACUUUAAAAAAGUCUUCAAUGUGAUUUAAAAAAUUAUCAUCUUCUUUAAAAAUCAAACUUCAUUUGUAAAAAUAAUAACAAUAAAAAAUAUCAUCGGGAAGGAGACAAAGAAGAUGAAGGUUCCAACGACGAGUUUCCAACUGCAAAGUGAUAAAAAUUCAGAUUUUUACAAUCGACAGCAAGCACUUUUUGAUCAACUGUCACAAGCAGAAAAAAAUUGUAAGAAAGAUCAAUCGACUCCAAUCGACACCAGUGAGUUUGAGCGCGAAAAAUUUCGUCGGCCACCACCUCCUGGCAAACGUCGAAAAAACGAAGCCAGACAAUUUCGAGGUAAAGAAAGUAUCUUCAAGCAGGCAAGUUUACCAUCUCCUUUCUCCGAUCGUAGCGUCCCAGAUUAUCAUAAAAAUCCUCACAAAUGGAAGAGAUACACUUUGGAUGACGUAGCCGAUGCUGAUAUGAGCGACAAAAAUAAUACAAGAACGGCACUGUCGUUUCUCAAAGAAUUGGAAGCACGAAGAUCAAAAGAUGAACUUGAUGAGCAAUUGAGGAUGCAAGUCGAUGAUAUUAAGUCGACCGGAAUGUCAAGUUGUUCAACAUCGAGCUCGAUAAUAAAAUUCAAAAAACCUAAAGUUAAAGAGCAAACUUUUACUGAGAUUGUGGAGCCCGAUAACACGCCUAUUUUCGUUGGUAGUAAAAUUAUUCUUCCUGAAUAUGUAGUGGGUCAGAAACCGAUUAGUAAAUCGAAGAAAGAUAAGAAGAACUUUGUCAAAGUAGAUCGUAGUAAACAAAUGAAAUUGGAUCACCUGCAGGAGUACGAAGACGAAUAAAUAUUUUAUUUCGUGUUAAUAAUUACAGAAGGACUUAUAUUUUUAUAUGCCCUUUUGGCUUCAGUCAUUAAAGGGGGAAAGGGGUCUGAGAUACAAAAAAAGAGAAUAUUUUUGUGAUUUUUUUUCAGCGUAACUUCUUUAUUAAAAUUCUUAAAAUUAGUGAAAUUAUUCAGCAUCAUUUCAAGAAGAUUCUACUAAAUUUUCAUAAAAAAAUAUUGCAAAAUAAGCCAGUGGCAGUGGGGAGAGACGAGUCACUUUAAAAAAAGUCUUCAUGCCGUAGGCAGGAUAACUCAUGACUGCAUCUGAAAUUAAAAAACCAAAAAGAUUUCUUUAGUACAUAAGUUUAUCUUGGAUUUGAACGAAGGAAUAAACAAAAUAUUCAUUUUUUAAUUUUUGGUAAAGAUGCAAUCAAAAAAUUCUGAUUUUUACCAAAAAUUGCUCCUUUUUUGUUUAAUUAAAAAAUAAGUAGUUAUUGAGAAAAAAAAUCCUUCGUUCAAUUCCAAGAUAAAUUUAUGUACUGAAGAAAUCUUUUUGGUUUUUUAGUUUCAGAUGCAGUCAUGAGUUAUCCUGCCAACCGUAUGGAGACUUUUUUUAAAGUGACUCGACUCUCCCCACUACCGCUGGCUUAUUUUUCCAUAUUUUUAUGAAAAUUUAGCAGAUUAUUCUUGUAAUGAGCCUUAAUAAUCUCACAAAUUUUAAGAAUCUUAAUAAAGAAGAUCUGAAAAAAAAAA